AUGUCGAAUUUUCAGGGCAGUUUACGGGUCCCCAAGAAACCGAAGCCGCCAAACACAUCAAAUGAACGACCCGUUUUUCUCAUCAAGCAGGCAUCGUCUGACAAUUUGCAAGUUUUAAAACCUACACGUGAAGAGAUGCCAAUACCUAUGUUUCCAUCGAAACCGAUACGGAUACCUCCGUGCUCUCUUGUUCAACUCAUCACCGGCACCGUUCCAAAGGCAUAUGACAGAGAGAAUAGAAUGACAAGUUUUGAAAGAAAGAGAAGGUCACACAAAAUAUUUGGAGCUGGUCACCACGUUAACGAACAACUCUUUUGCCCGGAACAAGCGAGCCAAAUCGAAAUCCACUUCACAAGCUCCUGUUCGACUGACGUCAUUUUGCAGGUACAAGCACCUAAUGGUGAGUCCAGCAACUACUUGUACCCAGCCAGGAAGCAGUCAGUAUUCUUUAAUCCAACUAAGGUACGUUUAAAGCACCCUUGUUUGAGUAUCCGAGUGACCUAUUUUUAG